AUGGGUGAAAUUGACGAAUUCAACACUUUAGCUUUUGAAAAGCGGCUUAUGCAGCUUAAGGAUACUCAGGAGAGUAUUCAGAGUUUGUCUUCGUGGUGUCUUAAGCAAAAGGCGCAUCAUAAGAAAAUAGUUCAAAGUUGGUUAAAUGUAUUGAAAAGGGUUAAACCUGAACAGCGGUUAGUUCUGUUUUACCUUGCAAAUGAUGUUAUUCAGUACAGUAAAAGGAAGAACUAUGAUUUCGUAGAGAGUUGGGGUCUCAACUUACAAAAAGCAACACCUUUGGUCAGGGACGAUAAAGUCAGACCUAAAAUUGUGCGAAUAUUCAAGAUAUGGGAACAAAGACAAGUCUAUGAUGAUGAGUUUUUAUCAGAUCUAACAGGCUUGUUAAGUGCAGGAGCUAAUAAGAAGACUGGUGAUGAUGAUCCACUUGAGUUUCAGCCAAAUCAAUUGGUGAAUAAAAUAAAACAGUGUGCAGUGCUGGAGGCGGACACUGAUUUGAGACUAAAAGCCAUUCAUGACAGUCAUUUGGAGCUCUCUGAUGCUGAGGCAUUGCGUGCCAGUCUUAAAGACAGGAGCAAUAAAGAUGAUAUUGAAAAGGAGCUUAAUGAGGGUAUUGGCUGCGUGGAGAAAUAUACUCAAGCAUUACAACGUGAAAUAGUUGCCAGAGAGGCGCUACUGGCCUUACUUGCAUCUGCUACCCAGUACUAUUCAACACAGAGGGGCGAAGUCAAAGUUGUUGCUUAUGCAUAUAAAAAUUUCGGUGCGCGAGUGCGAGCAUUGAAACGUAAGUUGGACGAGUUGAUCCCGACUCUGCCGGCUGCUGCGCCUUCCCCCCCGCAGAGGGACGAGGACGUGCCGUCGCCCGGGCCCGACGAGGAUCUGGAGCUGCCCGCGCCGCCCAUCGUGGCGCUCAGUGACGACGAUGACAUUGCAUACAACAUCGACCAGACUUUCAACACAUCAUUGGCAGCCGAUGGAUCUCUAUACAAUUUGGGACUAUCCUCUUUCUUGUCUUCAGAGAAUCAAUUGUCAUUGUUCAAUGAAUCCAAUGAGAUAGUCAAUAGCGCCAACAAAAUAGAAGUUAUAAGUAGUAGACCGAACGAAAAGCAGGACUUUAAUAUCAACGACGUUUUAAAAACUCUUAUUUCCAAUGACAAUACUACAGUGUCAGAUAAUUCAGUAACGGGCGCCUCGAUGUCUCAGAAAACACAGGAUACUUUACCUGGCUUGGAUUUACUAACGCCCGAGAGUACAGGCAAUCCACCGCCGCCGACCUCCUUCUACGGGACUAUGGAAAUUAAUGAUGAUCCAGACCCUCCAUACAUUCCCGAAACAACCAGUCCUUGGAGCAGUAAUUGGAAUGCUCCUCCUGUAAAUUCACUUGUCAGUCAACACCUGGGUGGGGUGGGCGCGUACGUGGACACGCCCGAGUCGCCCCCGCCCGCGCCCCCGCCCGCCCCCGCGCCCGCGCCCGUGCCGCCGCCGCUGCUCACCUACCCGCAGGAAAUACCUCCUUCAGAUGUGGACCACAGGGGAAUACUUCCACCGCCCCCACCUCCUCCUGCGUUACCAAUUCUAGGACAUUUAGAAGAUGUAGACCACAGGCUGCUACCGACUCUGCCUCCACCGCCCCCGCCUGUUGUUACUUCAACACCUAUACGACAUCCUCCUGUACAUCAAGAUGUAGAUCAUAGAAAUCUAAUAGCAUUAACGCAUCAGCCACCUCCCAGGCCAGUCGUGAACACUAUGAAUACACCCAUUAUCAAUUUAGAUCAAGAUUAUAGAGUGCCUGCCAUGGUGCCUCCAGUCACUGACAUCGUGGAAAGCGUUGAUAUGGAUUUGUCUGAAGAUGAAGAACAACAAGGAAUGUACCCCAAUCAACAGUCGAGCCAACCGGAGCACUCCAGGCGACACAGCUUCAACAAUAACAACAAAGUGCUCGUUGGGGGAGACAACGGCAAGAAAACACACAAUGAUACAAACCACACCAAUCUCAUACAAAUCCACAGUGAGAAGAAAGAACCAAUUUCAGCUCCCAUCAUACCUCCCAUGGUCAACCCAUUCGAUGUCAUGCCUCCCUCACUCAAAAACUUCAAUAUGUCUGUCAGACCUCCUGCCUACCGAAAAUCAUUUGAAGGUACCGAAACGGAGCCUCAACAGAGUUACGACGAAGAUUUAAGAAAUCGAGGACUCGAUAAAGUAAUGCAGGAGACUAGAAACCCAUCUCCACCGUUCGAGGAGUUCCCCGAGCAUGAUUGGCAGCAACAACCGAGGUUCAUGAACCCCCGGUUCCCACGGAAUUGGGCCCCGCGGACUAAUUAUAGACCUCAGGGUUUCGCGCCCCAACAUCAGUGGCCUAGAAAUGGCCCGAGGCCUCCCAACAGGUGGAUGGGCCCGAGACAGAGGUUCUGGUGA